AUGCUCUCGGCUACACAUCAGUCACAGUUCACGCAGUCCCUUUUGCUCUUUUCCCAAACUCAAUCAGGAACACGAUACACACCCAACUUGACACGGUUUUACGCUUCUCUAGGGCCGUCCCUCAUGAUGGGGAUUAUACAAGAAAGCUUGGAAGCGUUGAACGUUAAAUGCAAACUGUCUCCCAUCCCGCAAGCGGCAGAAGACCAACAACAAGAAACCUCGCGAGCCAAUGGAGUUAUCAAGCUGCGCGUAGGCGGCUUUGACAGACGGAAACAAAAGUUCAAAGGGUGGGUGGAGGUGGAGAAGUUUAGUUAUAGAGGCGUCACGGGAAGUUUUUGUUUGAUGAAGCGAGAUGAGGGAAAUCCGAUAUGUUGGAGACAAUUGUGGAAGGCGCUGAUCAAGUCUCCGGCUGUGGAUCCGCACGUUUUGAGGAAGUGA